CUUCUCCUCGUGGGGAGGAGACUGGGAGGCCCCACCGGGCUUAAAACCCGCAGCCCGCCGGCCCCUGGGCCACAGCGGCAGAGGCCGGCCUGCGCGCUUCCCCUCCGGAUCCAGGACCCCCAGGGCCCCCUCCCCAGGACCCCCCAUCGGCCGCAGAUUCCACGCCGCCACUGCCCCCUCAUCCUCCUUUUCUCCUGGACGCUGAGCCGCAGCGCUCUCCGACCCUGCGGGCCGCCUCGCCUCUCUCCGCGCACCUCUCCUUGGGUACUUCUCCUUGCGCCCCUCUCCUUGGACACCUCUUCUUGGGCACUUCUCCUUGGACACCUCUUCUUGGGCACAUUUCUUUGCGCACCUUUCCUUGGUCACCUCUCCUUGGGCACCUCUCCUUGCACCCAUCUCUUUGGACACCUCUCCUUGGGCAUCUCCCUCGGGGUACCUCUCCUUGGGCACCUCUCCUUGCACACAUCUCUUUGGACACCUCUCCUUGGGCAUCUCUCUCUGGGUACCUCUCCUUGGGCACCCCUCUUUCCGCACCUCUCCUUGGGCACUUCUCUGUGGGCCCCUCUCGUUGCUCACCUCUCCUUGGGCACCCCUCUUUGCGCACCUCUCCUUGGGCACUUCUCUGUGGGCCCCUCUCCUUGCGCACCCGUCCCCGGGUCAUGGGGACGAGCGGCCUCUUGCUGAGCGCCCUGGGGCUCCUGGCCCUGAGCGGGCGGGCGAGGGGGGCGGCGGAGCCGGCGGAGGGGGAGCCCCCGGGGGCGCCCGGCCGGUGCCCUGCCCGCUGCGACCCGGCCCAGUGCCCCAGCCGGCCGUGCCCCGGCGGCUACGUGCUGGACGGCUGCGGCUGCUGCCUGGUGUGCGUGGGGGGCGAAGGGCGGCCCUGCGGGCGGCCCGACGACCCGCCCUGCCCCGAGGGCCUGCGGUGCGGGCAGCCCUCGGCCGGCCUGGCCCGCUGCCACUGCCCCCUGGCCCAGCCCGUCUGCGCCGCCGACGGCCGCACCUAUGCCAACGUCUGCCAGCUCAAGGCGCUCAGCCGCCAGGCCCUGCGCCUCGGCCUCCCGCCCCUCCUCCAGCUGCACCCGGGACCGUGCCAACCGGGUGAGCAGCAGCUGAGCAGUCCGAGAUUCAAGUUCAACUUCAUCGCUGAUGUGGUAGAGAAGAUCGCCCCGGCCGUGGCUCACAUCGAGCUCUUCUUGAGGCAUCCCCUGUUUGGGCGGAACGUGCCCCUGUCGAGCGGGUCGGGGUUCAUCGUGUCGGAGUCGGGGCUGAUAGUGACCAACGCCCACGUGGUGACCAGCUCCAACGCGGCCUCGGGGCGCCAACAGCUGAAGGUCCAGCUGCAGGACGGACACACCUACGAGGCGACCAUCCGACACAUCGACAAGAAGUCCGACAUCGCCACCCUCAAGAUCAACCCCAAGAAAAAACUUCCAGUGUUGUUGCUGGGUCACUCAUCUGACCUGCGGCCCGGAGAGUUUGUCGUGGCCAUCGGAAGCCCCUUUGCCUUACAGAACACGGUGACGACGGGAAUCGUCAGCACGGCCCAGCGAGACGGGAAGGAGCUCGGCCUGAAGGACUCGGACAUGGACUACAUUCAGACGGACGCCAUCAUCAACUAUGGAAAUUCUGGAGGACCGCUGGUUAAUUUGGAUGGAGAAGUAAUUGGGAUAAACACUUUGAAAGUGACAGCCGGGAUUUCCUUUGCGAUUCCCUCAGACCGAAUUAGCCAGUUCCUCACGGAAUCGCACGACAAGCCAAAUAAAGAGGUGAAAAAACGGUUCAUUGGCAUAAGGAUGUGGACGAUCACUCCAAGUUUGGUGGAAGAACUGAAGCUUAAUAAUCCCGAUUUUCCUGAUGUCAGCAGUGGAAUUUAUGUGCAUGAAGUUGUUUCAGGCUCACCCUCUGAGAGCGGUGGGAUCAAAGCCGGGGACAUCAUCGUCAAGGUAAAUGGACGGCCUUUGAUGUCUCCCAGCGACCUGCAAGAAGCCGUAAUGAACGAGUCACCGCUGUUACUGGAAGUUCGAAGGGGAAAUGACGAUCUGCUCUUUAACAUCGCCCCCAAAGUGGUCGUGUAAUUCGACGGAACGAGGCCUUGCCCAAUUCCCCGACCCUCUGAUGACGGACCGUCAGACGCCUCCCUUUUCAGCUAAUUCCAUUUCCUGUCAACUAACGAUACGGUGAACUAGCGAGUGCCUGAGCCAUUUCUGCCUAUAGUAGCUAGACGUAAAUGCGGUAAUGAGAUUCAAACGAAGGACCGGAUUUUGCCGUUGCUGGGACGUCCGAGACUCUCCCCGGAGCUGCUUGGGCAGCGUUCCCAGAAGCAGAAUUUGACCCGGUGGUUCUGAAUGUUUGCAUUAGAGUAUUUAAAAGUGAGCUAUAGCU